UGGGCAGAGACAGCAGUAGUUGCUGUAGGGACGUCUUGUUGUGGCUGCAGGACUUUAAGGGGUUAACGGGAGUCCUGCUGCGGGGAUCCGGCGGCGGAAGUAGCGCGCGCUCCCGGGAUCUGCCGGGAUCCGCUCUCCCGCCGCCCAGCAUGUACUCUGGCCGCUGCUGCGGGGAUGGACACCGGGGGGAUGCUGAGCGGACGGCCGCCUGUACUGCUGCUGAUCACGGGCUACGUCCUCUCCGGGCUGCUCCGAAAUACGGAGGCGCAAAACGGUGAUGGUUGUGGUUACACGUUUUUUGGCCCAGAAAGUGGAACAUUUACAUCAAAGAACUAUCCAAAUACCUAUCCAAACAGCACUGUGUGUGAGUGGAAAAUACAAAUGAAACCCGGUGAAAGGAUUCUCCUGAAGUUUGGGGACUUUGAUAUUGAGGAUGUGGAUUCCUGUCAUUCCAGUUACUUGAGGAUUUAUGAUGGCUUUGGAGCCUCAAGAACCGAACUAGGGGCUAAGUAUUGCGGCUUGGCAUUAAAACCAGAAGAUAUGGUCGAGUCAAAGAGCCAUGAGGUCACGGUGCUGUUCAUGAGCGGGAUCCACAUUUCUGGGCGAGGCUUUCUGGCUUCAUAUUCCACCACAAAUAAAACAGAUCUUAUAACCUGUUUGGAGAAGGCCAGCCGGUUUUCUGAACCUGAAUACAGAAAAUACUGUCCGGCUGGUUGUCUGACACCUUUCGGGGAAAUUUCAGGAACUAUCCCGGUCGGCUACAGAGAUUCCUCAUUGCUGUGCAUGGCAGGGAUACAUGCAGGAGUGGUGUCUAAUGCUCUCGGAGGACCACUUAACGUUGUCAUCAGUAAUGGCAUUGCAUAUUAUGACACUGCGCAGGCAAACAAUGUUACAUCUAAAGUGGGUUCUUUGUCAUCUACUCUCUUCACAUUCAAGACAAGUGGCUGCUAUGGAUUUCUGGGAAUGGAGAAUGGGGCUAUCCCCGAUUCUCAGAUAACAGCUUCAACCGUUCUGGAAUGGACAGACAAUGCAGGGCAGGUCAAUAUAUGGAAGCCUGAGAGAGCCAGACUGAAAAAACAGGGGCCCGCCUGGGCUGCAUCAUAUAGCGAUGAGCGCCAGUGGCUGCAGAUCGACCUGAACAAGCUGACAAAGGUCACAGGUAUCAUUACCACCGGAUCUACUAUGUCUGCUUACAAUUACUAUGUUACAUCGUACAGAAUAGAGUACAGCGAGGACGGCUUGAAAUGGACAGUUUACAGAGACCCUAAUGUGGACAGAGACAAGCUAUUUCAAGCCAACUCUGACUACUUCCAAGAAGUCCGAAAUAAUUUAAUCCCUCCCAUAGUGGCAAGGUUUGUGAAGAUCAGACCCACGGGCUGGAACCAGAAAAUAGCAAUGAAAGUAGAGCUGCUUGGCUGCCAGUUUAUACCAGCGCCCAUUCCGAAAUUAACAGCUCCCCCAGCAUUUGUGCCACGUGCCAAACAUAACCCACUACCCAUAGACAAGACCACCUCCCCUCCGGAGAUUAAGAACACAACAGUGACUCCAGACAUUACCAAAGAUGUACCCUUGGCAGCCAUCCUGGUCCCUGCGUUAGUCAUGGUCUGCACCAGCAUCGUAGUGCUGCUUGUUUGCGCCUGGCACUGGAGAAACAGAAAGAAGAAAACAGAAGGUACUUAUGACUUGCCAUACUGGGACCGUGCAGGCUGGUGGAAAGGGAUGAAGCAGUUCCUACCCGCCAAAUCGGCAGAACACGAGGAGACACCUGUGAGAUAUAGCAGCUGUGAAGUCAACCGCCUGAGGCCAAGGGAGAUGACCGCCAUGUCAGCAGAGUAUGCUCAGCCCCUAGUUGGGGGAGCAGUUGGCACCUUGCAUCAGAGAUCAACCUUCAAACCCGAAGAAGGUAAAGAAGGUGGCUAUGCCGAUCUGGACUCCUACAACUCCCCAGACACGGACAUCUACCAUGCCUACGCAGAACCACUGCCAACCAAUGGGCCAGAGUAUGCCACGCCCAUCAUCAUGGAUAUGUCGGCGCAUCCUGCCGGAACAAUGUGCUUGCCUUCCUCAUCUACAUUUAAAGGGACGGCAAGCCAGGCCCCUGUACUAGUAGGGGCUUACAACAAACUUGUGUCUAGGACAGACAGUUCGUCUGCACAGGUACUAUAUGACACACCAAAAGUAACGCCGGGUACGUGUGCGGUGGAAGAGACGGUUUAUCAAGUGCCACAGCCAACAGCAAGCAAAGAUGUUCCUCCUUAAGUGUCGGUGAAGAAGCAUAGACUUCCUUAUGUAUUCAGUUGAACAAAAUGGCUUUAUUUUCUAUAAGCACGCUGCAGUGUGUGUCCAUGAGUCAGUAGAUUGUAGUCACGAAGGAUCCGAAUCAAAAGUUCUUCAAGCCACUGUUCACAAGCUAUAUACCGAAACACAAAACUACUUUUUUAACCAAAACACCCGUACGAAUAUGCAAUAUCACUGGGGGAGGGUGCUGUAUACAGAAGACUCUAUCGACGUGUCACGCUGGCUCCUGAUUGGUUCACAGAGCAUUUCCCAGAACAGGGGCCGGGGCUUGUAAGUGGUUUCAUUUUAUAAAGUGUUUCUGGUGCUGAUUCCCACUCAAAACUUACUAUGUUAUUUAAUGUUAGUUUACGCUGUCCAGUUAUAUUUUUGUCGCAGGAUCUGAAGUUCUGCGGUUGACAUGCCGAUAUUUAUUUACUGCCUGUUUAUCCUACUGAGCUCUGCUUAGGACCGUGCCCGCCCUCCUGUGUGUGUCAUCCCCGAUACAAAAAAUGCUGUGAUGGAUAUAGAUGUGUGUGUAUGUAUGUGUAUGUAUCAGUGGUCUGUAAUGGAUGUUCAGGCCAUUUUGGUAUAUGAAAAAUGAAAUAUAUGAGAGAGUUUUGACAUGCCGUGUAGCAGUUGUCUUCAGUAGGGGCUGGUAUCAGUUGCUGUGUAUGUUACUGUAUGUGAUUUUUAUAAUGGACACUUGCAAAUCUCUUCAAUUAUAUAGGGAACUUGUGGACUGGAGGUUGAAAUCUUAGUGAAUGUCCAUCAUAUAAUAUAUAUAUAUAAUUUAAAAAUAGUAUAGACAAAGGGCCCUCUGCACCAGUGUAUACUAUUUUUAAUAUCAUUUGUCUGUGGUGGUCAGGUAGGGUCCACGCUUAUACACAUGGUCAGCAUACUCCAUAGUACCGGGGGAACCCCUUAAACUAUAAUAUUCUCAUUAUAUCAUUUUUAUUUUUAAUAUAUAUAUAUAUAUUAACGUGAACCUGUCAUGUUGAGAUACAGCCCAAUCUGCAUGCAUCCUGUUAUAGAGCAGAAGGAGUUGAGCAGAUUGAUAUAUAUUGCAGUGGUCUCCAAACUAUGAACCAACAGCUAGAGGUGUGACUGGUUCACUUUUAAACACCAUAGCUGUAUGCUUAAAUAUUGACUAUAAACGGAUUUAUUCUUUAAUGGCCUAUGGCUUUCAAACUGUCCAAAGGAUAGGGGAUAAGAUGUCUGAUUGCGGGGGUCCCGUCGCUGGGACAUUAGCGUUUUCCCUGGGGUCCCAGCGGCGGGACCCACUCAAUAGGGGAUAAGAUACCUAGCAAUGGUGUACGCCUUUUAAAGUUAUUUGGCACAGAAUGUGAGACCUAAAUACAAGAAUAUAUGGACACAAGUUGACCACAGUUUGAUGGUUUAAGCAGAAGUUUGCCCAUCUUUUGUUUGCUACAAUCAGUUCUUGAACUACUUGAGGGGAUUUGGGGCCCUAUUUGUAUAUAGUCUUUACAGUCAAUGGAGAAUUUCCUGUGGGGAAAUUAAAGUGUUAUUCUGUUUGUUUGGAUGCAAGAGGGGAACAUUCUCAUGUUUUAUGCUACAGGCAAAUGUGAUAUUGAUUUUAAUAUGUGCGCCCCUAUAGAACCAGAAUUUACCCUAACACCUCCUGACAUUCAGCCCAUCUAUAGCAUUGGUGGACACUUAUUCUCUCUACCACUUGUACCUUUGGUACCACAUUUAUUCACAGCUAUGACAUUACAUCAAUAGUAUUCCAAAAAAGCAACUCUCCUCUGCCACAUGUUUGUGGAUUCCUCCUACGUAGCCUAGUGGUCGUCACGACCUAAUGGCUUUUACUGUACUGGCAGAUUAAUCUCUUAAAACAAAUAAAGGUGGCAAGUUAGAUCCAUUUUGAAAGUAAGAGACAAAAAGCAGCAAUCUGAUUGGUAUUGCACUAGAUGUUGUGGAUCUCCCAUUUCUGUUCAGUGCUGACAAGAUUUGAUCUAAUGUCUAAAGCCAAAAAGUUUUUAAAUGCAAUUUUUUUUAUUCUUGCUCUGUACUUAUUAUGGAGAUUUUUUUUUUCCCCAUAGGUCUUCAUAAAAAAUUUGGUGUAGUUUAUCUUUUUGAACAGGACAGAAGUGUGCAACAGAGGAUCCUUUGUAAUCCUCCAUUAGAGGAUCUGCCUGAUGCUCUCGUAUCCAAAUUUGACAUAAAGACCAAUGAUAUAUAUAUAAUAUUAUAGUUUAUCCUUUUUGUUCAAAAUUAAGAACAAGUGACUCAUUUGUGGCCAAGAAUGUCCAAAAAGGUGCAAGGGGACCUGAUUAUUUAGGAUACUUACUUGAAUAAAAUUCAAUUUGGUUGACUAAAACGAUAUCCAUUCGCCUCAGGCAUGCUGUGAUUUUCUUCACACCAGAUCUUUUGCUUGAAUAACUUCCUUGUAUCCCAGUAUUUGCUCACCUCAUCCAAAUACGGUUCAGUGUUAAAUCCUAUUCACACACUGUAGAUGCAAAGUAUGUGGAUUUUUAUUUUUUAACAUCCCUAAAUCCAUCUACUGCGGAUUUCUCGCACAUGUAUUGUAAAGUUUUCACCCCUACUGAAUGAAUGCAAAAUCUGAAUGUGGGAUUACAGUACAUACUUGCAAACCAGGCCUAAAAGUUUGCAGUUAAUACUUACCGUAUUUUUCGCCGUAUAAGACGCACUUUUUCUUCCCCAAAACUGGGGGUAAAAAGUCGGUACGUCUUAUACGGCGAAUACACCCCUAUCGCGGUGGUCCCUGCGGCCAUGUGACCCAUGUGACGUGUGACCCUACCCUUAAACUAGAUUGGCAGAAGUAUGAGAUGGGGAGGGAAAAACGGCUUGGCAGCACCCGUACUUAUCACAGAGGACGGUGUUUAUGAGAAGUCUUGCAUACAACGAUAUGAAAAAGUAUUAAUGUAAAACAGGAUCGCAGGUACAAUGUAUAUAUGAUUAUGAUAAUAUAUGAUGUCUAAGUUCAUUCACUGGCUCCUUGUAUCUAGAUUAUCCCAUGUAAACAAUGGUGCAGUUAUUGUCAGUACGUAUUCAGCGAAUUUUCUUGUUCUUGCAGUCACAAUACCUGCAGAUUUUCAUGCGUGGGAGACUCCUCACACUACUGCAGUUUUUUAACCAGGGUGUCCCCAGCUGUUGCAAAACUACAACUCUCAGCAUGCCCAGAUAGCCGUUGGGAAACACUGCACUACUGUCAUGGUUUCUGUUUUUAAAGGGGCAUGACCGGUAGGGUGCUGAUGGGUCCUAUUUAAUGGGCAGGGUUACCUUUGAGGUUUCCAGUGGCCAAAAAUGGUGCUGCAAAUGAGUGGUACCCGAACAAAUGGAACACAGAGCCUUAUAGAAAAUCUGCUCUUGGGCACCAAGUUAAAGGGGUACUCCACCCCUAGACAUCUUAUCCCCUAUCCAAAGGAUAGGGGAUAAGAUGUCUGAUCGCGGAGUCCCGCCGCUGGUGACCCCCGCAUUCUACCAUGCGGCACCCACCUGUAACGGCUUCUGGAACCGCUACUGCUGUGUAUUUGCUGCUGAAUAUUUUCCUACCCACUGAAUUCAACGGGUAGCAAAAAACGCAGCUGAUUUUACUACCCAUUGACUUCAAUAGGUAGAAAAAAUACGCAGCAGCAAAAUAAGUCACAUGUGACCUUAUCCUAAGAGGCAUUAUUGAUAGAAGCAAUCUGGUUGCUAUGGGCAACUACACCGCUCUUCCUCAACACAGGUUUUAAUAAUUCUUCCCACUCUCCGUCUGCCACAAUUAGUGAAUAAUCCCUUAGGGUAGAGUCACACAAGACUCAUACCCAGGGUAUUUCAUGCUGCAUGAAAAUUGCCGGGCAGCAGAAAAUACACUGCGGAUGCGCUAUGAGCAGACACAGGGCUUCCUGGCCGCAGCCCUGUGUGUGCAGUAAGGUUUGAAGGCGGCCUCACAUGUCAGUCAUGUUGAAGCACUGGGCCAGCCUCCAAACUUUACUGCACAUACAGGGCUGCGGUGUGUCUGCUCAGCGCAUCCUCAGCAUACUUUCCGCUGUCCGGCGGAUUUCACACAGCGUGAAAAACACUGCGUAUGUGCUGUGUGUGACCCAACCUUAAUGUGACGCACAUAUUUAAAGCAUUCAUAAGUGUUUUGGGAAUGGAAUUUUCUCUUAUAAACCUCAGAUCUGUCUGUCUUGUGCUUCAUACCAAAUUAUAAUUUAAAGUGGAAUAUGGAAUGGGAACAUUUUUGUAGGGUUGAAAAUUGAGUUUUUAACAUAAAUAAUCUAGAAAGUCCUCAGUACAUUAUAUGGAGCGUAUGAUGGAAGUACGGUGGUGAGAUAAUACUUGAAAUACUUUGUCAGUAGUAUAAAUAUUAUAGUGAGGGGUUAAAAGCCUCGAAUGAAAUAUUAAACCUGGCUGCAUGUACAGGAUACUAGGCACAUUACAUUGGGAAAUGCUUUUACGGGAUGUCCUAGCAGCCUUGCUGUUUGCAUCAUAAAUAUUGCAGAUGUGAAUAUGAAGCAUGGCCGACUUCACGCAACCCUUCAUGAUUCGCAGAUCGCUUCUGUAAAGAGGAGCGGAGAUGAGAAGCCUGAGAUUUCUGGAUGUGUUAUACAAGACCAAACUAAUGUACGCUGCAUUUUGUUAUUGUGGUAUUGUAUGUGAUUUUACUUUUGGACAUGCUAAAGACACUGGGCAGAGCAUUAAUCCCUGAUGGUUUUAGGCUGUUCUAAUGUCCAUCAAACGCAUUUCUUCAGUAUUGAAUGUCUCUGUCAUUUGUAAAAACGUAAUGUAUUUCCCAGACAUGUAAAAAGUGUAGAUUGCAUCAGAUUUCACUCCUUAUACCCCGUGAUAAUUAGUAAUAGCCGGGUAAAGUGCAGCACAGUAGAUAUUGGGAGCCCUAAAAAAAAUAACUGAAGAAUUUGGGAAAAGGUGCGGUUUACAUUUUUGUUUUCCCCCUUAAAGCUGCUUGAAGUUUUUUUUAGUUUUUUUAGUACAAAGAUAAAGUUGGGUAUGAAAUUGUUCCUUUUUUUGUAAUGAUAAAAGUUUAGAACAUGUAUUUAAAGGGGUAUUCCAGGAAAAAUCCUUUCAAUAGUUGCUGAAGUUGAGUUGUUGUUUUCUGUCUGGCAACAGUGCUCUCUGCUGACAUCUCUGCUUGUCUCGGGAACUGCACAGAGUAGAAGAGAUUUGCUAUGGGGAUUUGCUUCUAAACUGGGUGGUUCCCGAGACAGGUGUCAUCAGAGAGCACUUAGACAGAACAACUGCACUUCAGCAGCUCAUAAGUACUGAAAGGAUUAAGGUUUUGUAAUAGAAGUAAUUUACAAAUCUGUUUAAUCUGCUUUCUGGAGCCAGUUGAUAUGUAUAAAAAAAAGUUUUUUCCUGGAAUACCCCUUUAAACUGUCUAAGAUUUAGACUUUCAUGAAAGACCUCUGAGAAUCUUUGUAAGUUCCCCAGUUUCACCUAAAAACAAGCAAAUCCUGGAAUCCAAUUCUGAUACUGAGAAUGCAAUUUUUAAAGAGCCAUAUAUAUUUCUGUCUCUAGGGGCGCUGCAGGGAAAAUGUUUGUUUUAUUGCUCAAUCUUGUUGGUAUUACAGUAGGUCAUAGUAGUCUAGCUAACUAGUAAUUUUUCCCCCACCUCUCAGUAUAAUGGUGAGACUAACAACUAGCAAUGAAAUUAUUUCAAUUUGUAAAACUGCUCCACUUUUUUUUUUUCGGGUAAAAUUGACGGAAAUGUAACAUUUGUGCACGGCAGCACUCUUCACUCCCUGGCCGAUCUGACUCUGUUUUAUUCAAUAGACUAAUGCAGUGAAUGAGUCUGAUAGGAUUAAAAUCCAGGGAGAGAAGCAUGACACUGCCACGCUUCACCCUGCUAUUACUUACAAUCACAGAGGGUCUCAGGACUGAGACUAUAGUGCAAUUAAAACUUGAAGAAGCUACAGUGCUGCGUGAGUUCCAAGACCGCUUUUUAGAUCUAGAUCAGUCAGGGUGGCAGGAGUCUGACCGCACUGAUUUCAUUGAUGGCCAGAGGUCCUUAUUAUGCCUUGGUAACUGAUUAAAUGGGUACUCCACCCCUAGACAUCUUAUCCACUAUCCAAAGGAUAGGGGAUAAGAUGUCUGAUCGCGGGGGACCCCCCGCAAUAUAGCAUGCGGCACCAACCUGUUUCUGCUCCGGAAGUGCUGGAGGGUCUGGAUCCCGACCACAGGAACAGAAGUUCGGGCCGUCACGGCUGUCACGCCCCCUCCCAUAGACUUGCAUUGAGGGGACGGGGCGUGACGUCACAGGGAGGCGGAGUCGUGAUGUCAUUAACUUCCGUGGUGGGGACCCAGACCCUCCAGUGCUUCCGGAGCAGAAACAGGUGGGUGCCGCAUGCUAUAUUGCGGGGUUCCCCCCCGAUCAGACAUCUUAUCCCCUAUCCUUUGGAUAGGGGAUAAGAUGUCUAGGGGUGGAGUACCCCUUUAACUGUUUCCACCCCCAUCAAUCAGAUGUCAAUCUAAAGAUGGUCUGUAUAAUAAUCCAUAGACUUCACUAAAAGGACCUAAUUCAUCAUUUGGGCAAUGGGUUGGCAUGUAGCAAUAUCAUUGAUUUAAAUUUGGGCAUGGAGAUGAAAAUCCAAAUGAAUGGCAUGUGGUACCCAAACCCCUACACACAGCAGGAAGGUGGUGUACAAUUCAGCACCGGUGACGAAUACAACCCCCCCCCCCCCCCCCACCACCUUAGCAAUGGUAAUAAUCACCAAGGUGUCUUGGAACUUGAUAAGGAAAUAGAAAGGAAGGACUUAUACUUCUCCUCCCUGCUUGAUCCACUUCUGACUGGCUAAAAAAAACUGCACGUGUGUGUUUACAGCCGUAAUCUUGUUUUUCAGAAGCUGAAAUGCUUUGAUCUGUCCUUUGCUAUAAUACUAUAGCGUUGGUUAUCUACUAGUGAGCGCCAAUGAGCACUGACCAAUGUACUGCAAUGUAAACUAGGAAAAUGUGGUUCUGGAUUUCUGUCCGGGGUUCAGCCAUCUCAAUGUGGUAAUAAACUACACGAUACUGCUGGUGUUGAAUGUGAACGGAAUUAGAUUUCAUUGACUUAUUCAGGUACUGAAUCGAUUAGAAGCAUUCACUGUAAUAACUUUUAUAAUGGCUACGAAAUGUUUUUAGUGUUUUUUUGUAUUUAUCUGCUUAGAAUCGGCACAUAAAUGGACACAACUUCUAGUUUCCUAUAAAUCCACAGUGCUCUGAAUGUAAUGUUUGAAAUCGGCAUGUACUGUAGGCACAUUGUAUCUGUAUAUGUUGUUAGACUGUAGAUUGUAUAAAAGAAGAAAGUUUUAUGUCUUUUGAAGAAAAAAAAAUUGUACAUAAAAGAAUUUUGUGAGA